CCUAUGGGGUCCCUACGGGCUCUCUAUGGGGUCCGUAUGGGGUCGUUAUGGGGUCGUUAUGGGGUCCGUACGCCGCCCCACGUUCCCCUCUCAUUGUGCCCCAUAGGCAGGCCCGCCCCCCGGUGCCGUUCCGCGAGUCCUACCUGUCCCCCCUGCAAUCCGUGAAGCCUCGCAUCGACUCCGGGCAGCGGCUGCCGCGCGACAAGCUGAGCCCGCCCACCCCCAGCAUCUACCUGGAGAGCAAGCGCGACGCCUUCUCGCCCGUCCUGCUGCAGUUCUGCACCGACCCCAAAAACCCCAUCACCGUCAUCAGGGGGCUGGCGGGAUCACUCAGACUCAGUGAGACGGGGUUGUGGGGUCGUGGGGUUGUGGGGUC